GCCACUCUUACCCAUCAUGUGUCUCGUGGCCCAGUCGUUGGAGGGGGGUUGCCCGUCAUUUGAGUGUGAGCCAUGGGCACUGGCAAGGCCACUGCUCAAAGCGAGCGCACUGGCAACAACGAGGAUUAAACGUGAUAUCAUUGUAGAAGAUAGAAAGUGAAGAGAAGAAACAAGCUAGCGCAUCCCCAGCUCUCGACGAGGAACAAUAGGAGACGCAACCGGGGGAGACCUGAGCUUGUUUGCAGUGUUUGCACCGGAAGAUUUGGGCCGCGCCGGAAUUUCACGAUAUCCUGUCGGAUCAUCUGAUUUCAACAUUGUCAACGAAAUCUGCCCCAUCGGACUCCGUGGGGAGUCCAAUUGUUCUUUUCUCGAUAUCGAAACCCCUCGAGCCGCUCGCCAGCGAUGUUCCUAUAAUGCAAAGCAUGUGGUCCCGCGCCGCCCCGACGCAGUCAAGCUGCCGGUGCGUCUCAUGUUUGAGUACGGUUGCCAAUGGUGUCACUUCACGAUCAGCGACGGCUGCCAGCAAAAAGAAAUUGAGGAUUGGAAACUCGGUCACUGCGCUCUACACCAGUAUCUUUGCGGCCGCUGCCCUCGCAGACGCGAAGGCCAAGACCAAGCGUCGACAUGAUCUCGAAGAGAAAAUUGCGGCAGUCAAGGCCGAGGUGAACGAGCUAGUGGAUGAAGAGCAUCGGAUUCUUGAGUCUCUACAGUCAAGAAGGAAAAGUCGGGGGAUCAACCGAUUGCUGCAAGAGAGAGGCUUCGGCACCAUUGCGACCCCUCCCCGAACCCGCCAGCGAACCACGCCCAGACACCAGCCAACAAGGUCCUUUCAUACGGAGCGUCAGCCGUAUGGCAAUCAGAGUGUGCAGAUUGACGAAAGUUUAGCAACGGAAGAGUUUAGACAUCUUGAUCUCCAGGAAGCCGAAGCUAGUGCGCUGCGCGCUGCUAUGAAUGAAGCGUUGCCGGACUGGGUCGUUGGAGAUACUGCUCGCAUCAAGGCCGUUCAAAAACUCGCGUUGAAGCAAUUCGCGAUUCGAAUUCUGCUGCGACCGACUAUCGCACACAAAUAUUCAGGGGUUCCUAUGAACUACGGGGCAGACUUUGAUGUUCCCCAGAUCGAUGUGAACAACUUGCUGAAUGAGUUGAAUGUCGUACGACGCCAGAUGAACUCGCUGUUGUAUAAGAGAAACAUGGACCUCACUGACGUGAUUGCCGACUUUGAUGCCAUGCGCUCUGAAGAGGGGAGGGCAGACGAUCGGAGACUUGAUGAUGAACUCCGGGAGUACAUCCAGUCGUUCACGAGCCAGCAGAUGUCUUUGCAGGAACUUCUCCUUCGGAUAUCUAGCAACUUGAUCAAGUCGGCCGAUCCGGAUCGCACUGCAGCGUUCCGAGAAUUACUCAUUGUUUUCACACAAACUCGUCAGAACGACUUGAACGAUCUGCUCCUGCAGUCACUAUUGCCCAAUCGGUUUUAUCUGAGCACCUCUCUUAUCGUCACUAUUAUCUGCUUCUUCCGAAAGUCCAAAAACCUCAAGGACUUUGAUUUGUUUUUGCAAAUGCUCAGUGGCGAAGGCUACACAGCCAACCUGGGAGCCAUCGGUGUUUUCCGACGUCGAAAGAUCAAUGGGCUGAAUACGGUCGUUCCACCUUUGUAUAGUAGCAGCACCGUCAUUUAUACGGAGCUCAUCUCGGCCGCUCUGCGAUUUAACCAGCCCGACCGUGCGGAUGCUUGGCUUCAGGCUGCACGUAAACACGGCUUUUUUGACAACUUCAAUACCCUCUUUACCUACAUCCGAUUUUACAGCAUUCGCCAAGACUGGGAAAAAGGAGUGCAUGCCUUGAAGCGAGCUGUCACUUACCUCGUAUCGUCGACUGAUCUAUCACCGAAACUCGUUGACCGGUUAAUCCUAUAUAUGGUACAUCUCUGCGACUCUUGCUGCCAAAAGGACGUGUCCCAAAGUUUGAUUUCGGCAGCGGUGCAUAGUGGCUUCAACCCGAAUCUUCCGUUGCAACAGAACGACAUUGCACCCAUCGUGGACCAAGAAGGUCAGCGAUGGAAAACGGCGGCCGAAACGACCCCACGUGAAAACUUGACCCGUCCCCUAUGGCAGAAGUGCUAUGAGUUUGCAAAUUUUGAUCGCUUUGCUGCUGUGCAUGCAACCGGUGCAUUGUCCGCCGCACUUCCCCGAUACACGGAGCACUCAAAAUCUUCGCCAGAGAUCUCGGCCUCUGCAAGUGCUACGCAGAGUGCCCAAAGUGAAGAUAUAGCUGUUCUGAAAGACGAAGUCUCUCAGCUUCGCCAACUAGUUUUUGAAUUGCCAACCGAUCCAACCCCAUCAUCACAAGACUCGCACCUGCAAUCUCAAGAAUCCUCGAUGAGCGUCGAAUUUGAACGAAUACCGAGCCCGACAGAGCGAGAGGAGCAUGACCACUCUCAUGCGAACCUUUCCUUCCGCCCCGCUCAAGCUAUGAUGGGUCCCGCCCUGGUACACGACCAUUCUGUUGAUACAACUGAGAAUCAGAUCCCACGACCAGCUACGGGCCAGGCGAAGAACUCGAAUCGGUCUCGGAAGAAGGGGAAGAAAGUUGCCGUUGCGUCUUCUCAACGCACUGCUGGGCAGGCAUGAGAGCAUCUCUUUCGUUUUUCGUGACAACCGAACAUUAUCUGUACAUUAUGAUAUAGUUGCCCUCUUGCACGCAGAGGAGGAAAUGCCAAUUAAUGGGAUAUCUGCAUUCAGCGUUUAAU